AUGGAGAAUGUGUCUGUCCCCGGCGGUGCGCUGCCUGUCUGCAAUGACUCUGUGGACUAUUACUCUCUCAUGGCAGCGAACCGCACAGACCUGAACUGCACUCCUCCUCCCCCUGAGUUCUACUUCUCUGCUGACCUCUACGUCAUUCUGCCUGUCAUCUACUCUGUAAUCUGUGCUGUAGGACUGACAGGCAACACAGCUGUCAUCUAUGUGAUCCUUAAAGCCCCCAAGAUGAAAACAGUCACUAAUAUGUUUAUACUGAACUUGGCCAUCGCGGAUGAUUUGUUCACUUUGGUGUUGCCGAUAAGCAUAGCCGAACACUUGUUGCAGUUCUGGCCUUUCGGUGAAGUUUUGUGCAAAGUCAUCCUCAGCAUCGACCACUACAACAUCUUCUCCAGCAUAUAUUUCCUGACUGUUAUGAGCAUCGACCGCUACCUGGUCGUCUUGGCCACAGUGAGGUCAAAGCGCAUGCCUUACCGCACCUACCGAGCAGCCAAAAUCAUCUCCUUAUGCGUCUGGAUCCUCGUCAUCCUCAUCGUCAUGCCUUUCACCGUCUUCGCCAGCGUCUACGUCAACCCGAUCGAUGGGAGGAAGAGCUGCGUGCUCAGCUUCCCCAUCCCCGAGAGUCUGUGGUUCAAAGCUAGCCGGAUCUACAUGCUCAUCCUCGGCUUUGCCAUCCCAGUGUCGACCAUCUGCAUUUUAUACACCAUGAUGCUCUACAAGCUGAGGAACAUGCGUCUCAACAGCAACGCCAAGGCGCUGGACAAAGCCAAGAAGAAAGUCACCAUCAUGGUGUUCAUCGUUUUGGCCGUGUGCUUGUUUUGCUGGACGCCGUUCCACCUCAGCACCAUCGUGGCUCUGACCACCGACCUGACGACCACGCCGCUGCUGAUCAGGAUCUCCUACUUCAUAACCAGCCUGAGCUACGCCAACUCCUGCCUCAACCCCUUCCUCUACGCUUUCCUGGAUGACAGCUUCAGGAAAGCCUUUAAGAAGAUGUUGGAAUGUAGGCCGGCCUGA